AUGUCUGAUUUAGAUUUUUCACAGAUCACAUGUGAGUUGGCUAACCCACCGGAUCAGGAACUCUCUAUCGAGGACCCUCCCGAUCCUCUCGACCUGACGUCGGUAUUGAUUCAGCAACAAACUCGCAUUAGCAGGCUGUGGAAAGCCCUGCUGGAUGUCACGCAGAUGUGUGUCCUUUUGCUCGAUAAGGACGAGUCUGCUAAUCACCAGCCCCAUGGAGUCCAGCAGGCGUCACAUAUGGAGCUUCAACCUGACUGUGUAGGCUAUCGAGCACGUAGAUGCGAAGACGGUGCCACACCGAAGCUGCUAGAAGCAGACGAGCUGGAGUAUGUCUUGCCACAGUGGCUGAGAGAGCCGAAAUGUAGAGCGUCCAUCGCGGCUUCGAUUAAACGACACCUUGGUGAGGCCACUCAAACGAGUUCUUCUGCAAUCUUGGAGUUUCCUCAUAAUCCAACACGCUGUCCUGAACCGCCCUCUCCCUGUAGUACCUCUGUCAAAGUUAAGCCGAUAAUUAUGGUCGAUGUGACUUCCAUGUUUUCAUGCAUCAGAGGAAGUCCGGAUGAUCUCCCUUCAUCAAGAUCAGGGCGUCGCAUGAAGGAUGCAUCGAUUCAAGUGGAGUUAAGCAGUGUGGCGGAUCGACCAGCAUUUUCUCCCUCAUUUCCCCCGGAAGAGGUGGCAAUGGGUCAUCGUUUUCUGGCAUCACAGAAUGAACAACGCGAGUUCCUUAAACCAUCAUGGAAUGCGGCUCUAGAGAAAGUAGUGUCUGAAAAGAGCGAGGUGGAACGGCUCGAGAUCGAGCGAUCCCGCGCAUUAAACCAGUGUGAGGAGCUUCGUUAUCAGUUAGAUCAGGCUCAGCAUGCAUUGUUGGAACAAAAACACCGACAAGAGCGCGAGGCCAACCGGGUGAAGGAGGAGCUCCAUCGUCUUCGUGUUUUGAUGCGCUUCUCAGAACUAAAAAAGGAUAGUGAUCGUUUACCCGAUGUCCUUGCUAAUCUACAGGAGGCUACGCAGCAGCAGGCGAGCCUCGAGCGGCAGAAUGCAAGACUUCGCGUGAGGCAGCAGGGUUUGCAGCGGUGUGUAGAGAUGACUCAUGCUUGGACUAGAAAGGCUAUUUUAGCUGCUGAGACUGGUAGUCACCACAAUGAGCACACGACGUACUGGGCGCGAUUGGGACCUAAUAUUGUCUCUCGCAUCCACGAGCUCUGCGGAGAGGCACUAGAAGGGAAAGAGUCCCAUGCAGAAGGGGAUGACCGUAACCUACAUGCCGCAGUGCUUUCUGGUGCUGGUCAUGCGCGAAGGGUAAGUCGCUCUGUUCUGGAUGCCCGGGGUGUGUCCAUGUUUUUAGCGCCACCCAAGGACGCCGCUACCGAAUCUAUAAGUAAGUCCGAGGGCGAUGCCAUUCCUGUGAAAAAGGCUUCGGCUGUUGCUGUGAUUCGAGGAACAAAAACUCGACCCGAAUUGGUGCGAUCACGACCUUGUAGCUCGAUCCCAAGAUUAAGAGGCAGCACAAGAUCCCAGAGCGCUUGUAUGAGAUGGUAG